UACCAACAAUCGACUAUUGUUCGAAAAAAAGAAAUUAAAAAGUAAAAAGUCGUCCGGCUCCACCGCGCGUGACCACGUGGUACUCACGUGUGGCGUCAUGGUUACCUAGCAACCGUUUGACAUUACACUGGAUGACUGGACGCGGAUCGUCGUGCGAGUGCCGUGCAUGCGUGACAGCCGGGGUAUGACUUAGAAAAGGAAAAUUAUCACGAUGACGGACGAGGUGCGAGCCGAGGUGAUAAAGAAAACGCAGGACUUACUUGGAAAAUACUUCAAGAAGCCGCCACUGACCGAGAAACUGCUUCGCAAGCCGCCGUUCCGCUUCCUCCACGACAUUAUAACAGCUAUCAUUAAAGAGACCGGUUUCUUAGAGGGAUUGUUCAGCGAGGAAGAAUUAAAUUCUGAUAAUAUAAAGGACAAGGAAGCGAAGCUCGCUUUCUUGACGAAGCUCAUUGAUGUCGUCAAAUUAAUUUCAGGUGCUAAUUUAACGGUCAGAGCAAGUAAGAUUGUUUCCGGUCAAGAGCCGACAAAGACGAAUGAAUUGCUGCAGGCCAUUGGAAGAGCUCUUGAUAAGAAAGUCAGUAGCAGGGAGGCGAUUGAGCACUACAAAAAGAGCUUAGAAAAGAAAACAAAGGCUGGAACAAAGUCGAAAUCCACGACUAAAGAGGAAACGUCGAAGAAACCGGCAUCGAGGCAGACUUCGCAAACGAGAAAGUCGUCGGAGAAAGACAAGAUCUCGGCGGAACGAAAGAAAAGGUCAUCUAGCACAGGGAAAGUAGCGUCGAGCGAAGCGAAGCAUGACAAGAAUGAGAGAAUUGAAGAGAGCAAAGCGAGAAGCGGGAAUGACAGGAAGGAAGAAAGUUCGAAGAAUAUUGAAGCCAUAGACAUCCCGCCGGCUGAGCCGGUUCCGAAUAAAGUUCCUACCUCGGCGCAAAGAAGGAGGCCUUCUUCGUCCGCCAAGGUGAAGCAGGACGCCACAAUUACAGCAGAUGCGAAUGACUUGACGAGGGAAGAACAAGCGCGACAUAGGAGUGCCUCCAGUAGACCAAGACGCUCAGCACAUGUAAAUGGACUACAGGAGAAAAUAGGUAGUUUACAGACAUCUUCUAACAAUGAAGAGCAAACUAGACCAGUAACGAGUGGUUACGCUAGAGAAACUAAGGAAAAUGGAAUGGAAGAAGAGAGCGCGCGGCAACAAAGUGUUGACAAGAGCGACAAACCAACGUCAGAGCUUGCAGGGUCUCAAGUCGAAGCCGAAAUGACCGUUUCCCAACAAUCAAAUGCGAGACCCAAAACAUCUCUAAGACCACCUAGCGCCAGACCCAUCAGUGCCAGACCGGCUGCUCCGAGAAUGAGAGCAAAGACAGAGGCGAUAGUCAACGAGGAGAUACAAACACCAGUAGGAAAUAUCAGCGUUAUUGUGGAGAAUUCAGACUUGAAGAACGACGACGACGACGACGACGACGCGGAAGAUAUGGUGGUGAUGGAAGCGAAGGGAAGUGGCAGUGACCUCUUAGAGAACGGAGAUUACAAGAUAGACAAUCAACUGAUGCAGGAACACGGGCAUCUCGUGGCGCAAAUAUUAGAGACGCAGAGGGAGUUGGUCAACACGGACAAUGUCGAUGUGUUGCCUAAGAAAGUCGAUAUUGCAUGGGAAACGGGCUCGCAACGCGAUCGAGAAACAGCGGUUAAGGAGAUCGAUAAAUUACGCGGAACUAUACAGACAUUAACGCGAACAACAAAUCCUUUGGGAAAGUUAUUGGAUUACGUACAGGAAGAUGUAGAGAUGAUGCAAAAAGAACUGUUGGACUGGAGAAGUCAGUAUCGUCAGUUGAGCGAACAAUUGGAAAGAGAACAAAAUGAAACGCAAGAGAUGACAGAACCUAUGAAGGAGACAUUGAAAGAAAUUGAUAACAACAUGAAGAUUCAGUCAGAUAAGAUACGUGAAGUAAAAGCGCAAAUUAUGAAAAAUAAUCAAAAAAUACGACGAUUACUUAAUGGCAAUUUAUAAUGUAAUUAUAUUGCUACGUAUUGUAAAUACUUUUAUAUAAUUAAAAUAUAAUUGUUGCACCGUAAUUAUGUAGCUUAGAAGAAAAUUCCCUGUAUAAACAAUUUUAUGUGCGCAAUUUCUUUAUUUACCAAUAUACAAUAACACUUAAUAAAUAUUAUUUAUUGUCAA